GUGGAGUCAGUGAGGAAACGCUGGAGCAGAGCAAACAGCUGUAGACUAUACCUCUGCUGACACUCCAUCAUCCAGGACUGUUCACCAGCAACCAGUAUGAGUAUGGAACUCGAACUGAAGAAUGUGGAUUUGAGAGCCGGAGAUGAGCUGAAAAUAAAAGGGGUAAUUCUGCAUGAUGCAGAGAGAUUCCAGAUUGAUCUUGGCUGUGAUGCAGAUGACCUGGCACUGCACUUCAACCCUCGUUUCCAUGAUGACACUGAUGGUGCUGUGCUGGUGUGCAACUCAAAGAUUGCUGGUUGCUGGGGCGAUGAAAAACGGGAAAUUCACAACCCCCUACAGAGGGGUGCUGAUGUGAAGAUUGUGUUGAAACUGGCUGAAGACACGUUUGAAGUGGAACUUCCUGAUGGACAGGAAGUCCAGUUUCCAAAUCGUGUUGGUAUGGGUACCAUCAGCUACAUCAGAGUCACAGGAGACUUUAAACUGAAAUCCUUCAAGAUCUGCUAAGAGAUACAACUGUAAACAGAUGCUGUGUUUAACACUUUAGUUAUAGAUGAGGUUUGACUGUCUGAAUGUUAUUCUUACAAUAACAGUCAGUUAUUGACUGAAGAAUCAUUAAGAGAUAAAGAGAAAUUGAUACAUUUAAGUGGAUUAAAAUGUCCUGUUGUGCAAAAGGAUAUAAAAUGUUUACAGUCAAAUAAUCAUGUUUUGUCAUCUUUAAGGUUUUGCAGCCUCUCACAAACACAGUAUAAGUCAAAGCAUGAAAGGGUAAAAGUAUGAUGACACGGAACAAUAGAAGAAAAUGCAAAUAUAGUAGUUAUUUGCUAAAUCCAGUAACUAAUUAUUUAUAGUC